AUGGGAAACCUUGCUGAACAGUCGCCAGACACGUUUCGCUCUCAAGCAAAGCGGCACGCUUCACAUAAAUCCAUUCCUACACUCGCAACGACCACCGGACCUAUUCUUCCGACGAAGACUACCGCCAAGAAUACCAAGCCCACUCAAGCUGGCGGGCUAAGCAAGACAAAUGGGCGCGGCGUUUCUCCAUCGCCCGACCCCGGUGCACAUCGCGACACCACUGGAGAUGGACAGCUCGAUGGCAGGGGCGGAGGAGGAAGAGGAAGCGUGCUCGACCGUGACCCUGAGAAGUCCGCCAACACUGAUGCUGACGACUCGACGUCUCACGCAUCAUCUCCUGCAGCUCCACCCCCGCUCAAGUCCGAAAAUGCGCGCACGGGAGAUUCCACCAUAGAGAAUGCCGAAGAAGGUAAGAAAAAGAAACAACCAAUGACCAUUGCACGCGUAAAGGCAGGGUGCACACGCUUUGGAGGGCAUUUCAAGCGAGCCAUUUGCCAUAGCUGGAUUAACGUGCUUCUCAUCGCCGUUCCCGCUGGUAUUGCGGCAGAAGCCGCUGGUCUCGACGCUACCGUGGUUUUCGCUAUCAAUGCUGUCGCGAUUGUGCCACUGGCCGGUCUUCUCAGUCAUGCAACCGAAAGUGUGGCAAGUCGAUUGGGAGAUACCCUUGGCGCUCUUCUGAAUGUCUCUUUUGGAAACGCUGUUGAGCUCAUCAUCUUCAUCAUUGCGCUCGUCAAAAAGGAGAUUCGAAUCGUGCAGGCGUCUCUGCUCGGCUCCAUCCUCGCGAAUUUACUGCUCAUUCUCGGCAUGGCGUUCCUCCUAGGUGGUCUCCGAUACCGAGAGCAGGUUUACAACAGCACAGUCACUCAAAUGAGUGCAUGCCUACUCAGUCUGAGUGUGAUGAGUUUGUUACUUCCCACUGCGUUCCAUGCCGCUUUUAAUGACGCCAACCUUGCGAAUGCAGAUGCGCAGGUGCUGAAAGUUAGCCGUGGCACUAGUGUCGUUCUUCUCCUGGUCUAUGCCCUGUAUCUGCUGUUCCAGCUCAAAUCGCAUGCCUACAUGUACGAGAGCACUCCGCAAGAGAUCAUCGACGAGGAAUCGCACCCUGGAGUGCUCCACGAACUUAUGAACUCCUCUUCAUCAUCCGACUCCUCUAGCUCUAGCGACAGCUCAAGCUCUGAUAUGUCAGACUCGGGCUCUGUUGCGGCGACCACGAAGCGAGUGAAGCGUAUGUUAAAACACAAGAUGCGCCGCAAGUCAAGCGUCAGUACCACGAGCACACAAAACGCAGAGCGGGCUGCGUCGACUGUGAGCUCGCCCACCAUUCAUGAGCCCAAUGACUAUAUGGCAGCGGGCAGCAGCCAAUCCGCUUCUCACUCUGGAUCCGCUGGUCUCAUUGCACAACACGAUGGUGCUGAUGCUGAUAGGGAGGACAAUGGUAUCCCUCGUGUCUACGAUUGGGCUACUAAGAAACACAACAGCCAAGAUGGAUCCAAGUCUCCGGAGAGGAAAAAGCGAAGUAAGAAAGACUUGAAGAAGGACAAGAAACGCCGUCACGAAGCCGAAAAAGAGGCUGCGGCUCGCAACGCAUCCUCCACCCAGAGACAACCUGAGAUGGAAGGUCAGAAUCGUGUCGGGUUUGCUGAGGAAGUCGAAGUUACUCCUAGCCCCGUGACCCCGGGCCGACUGCCGUUUAACAUGCGACAGCUGUCCCGUAGACAGUCUCGCCCAAUCCUCCCCAGCAUCCUGUCGAACAACGUCUUCGUCCAACCAGCGCCGAAUGCCACGCCGCCGUCUCGACCCGCAGGCCUUCCACGCUCAUAUACUGAUGGCAACUACAUUCGCCGCACCAGCUCGCUCCCUGGUCGCUUGAACCGCCAAGUUACCCCUGCAGGCACCGAUCCUGUUUCGCCCUUCCCCCGCAAGGCCCGAUCUAUCCGUCAGGUUAACUCCGGACUGUCGACCGUUAUCAGCGAGGAGGAGGAAGAGCAGCUUAUGUCUCGAACUGCGGCUGUUGUCUUGCUACUUUGCUCUACUGCCUUGGUCGCCAUCUGCGCCGAGUUCAUGGUGGAAGCGAUCCCGAAGAUGUUGGAAAACUCGCCAGGCAUUAGCGAGGCUUUCAUUGGUCUCAUCAUCUUGCCGAUCGUCGGAAAUGCAGCUGAGCACGUCACUGCCGUUACUGUCGCCGCGAAGAACAAGAUGGAUCUCGCCAUUGGUGUCGCCGUCGGGUCCUCCAUUCAGAUCGCCCUUUUCGUCACGCCCAUUGUUGUUCUUCUGGGUUGGAUAUUGGAUACUAACAUGAGCCUUUACUUCAACAUCUUCGAGACGGUCAGCUUAUUCGUCACGGCUUUUGUGGUCAACUUUCUGGUUUUGGAUGGCCGAAGUAACUACCUCGAAGGCAGUCUGCUGAUUGCAGCCUACGUAAUCAUUGCAGUCGGCGCCUUCUUCUAUCCAGAUACCAAUGAACAGAGCGCUUUUGGAGGAGGAGGUGGAGGUGGAGGAUCAGUCUAA